UCUCCUGUGUCUUCCUGGCCUUUGUCAUCAUGCUGCUGGCACUCAAGCUGAAGCGCUGGCACUCCUCGCGCCUGCUGCAGGCUUCUGCAAGCGGAUUGGCUGGCGUCCCUGCCUCGCACUUUGUGGGCGUGGACGGGGUCAGGGCUUUUCUGCAGACCUACUCUCAUGAGGUGUCCCUGACUGCUGACUCACGCAAGAGUCACCUGAUCUUCCCGCAGCCCAACUAUGCGGAUACCCUCAUCAGCCAAGAGAGCUGUGAAAAAAGUGAGCCUCUUCUGAUUCCGAGAGAUUCAAAUUUUUGUAAAGAGGACAAGUCCCUAGUUCAGGACUGGAUUAAAGGAGAUGAAUGUGAGAAUGAGUAA